UUGCGUCAGUCAUGAGGUCUGCGUAUAAAUAUGGUCAAACUAACAACCACCACCUCAGACCAGGGAAGGAGUUCUUGGAAGUUCUUGCUUCAACAGCGUUUGAACGGAACUUCACUUUGACCUGCUUUUCCAUCGGCUAUUCACCAUCCCUGAUCCCAUAAAAACCGCCAGCCAAAAUGGAGUCCCAAGUGCGUCAGAACUACCACCGCGACUGCGAGGCCGCCAUUAACAAGAUGGUCAACAUGGAGCUGUUCGCCUCUUACACCUACACCUCCAUGGCCUUUUACUUCUCCCGUGAUGAUGUGGCCCUUCCAGGCUUUGCCCACUUCUUCAAGGAGAACAGUGAUGAGGAGAGGGAGCAUGCUGAGAAGCUGCUUUCCUUCCAGAACAAGAGAGGAGGGCGCAUCUUCCUCCAGGAUGUGAAGAAACCCGAGCGUGACGAGUGGGGAAGCGGUCUGGAGGCCAUGCAGUGUGCCCUGCAGCUGGAGAAGAACGUCAACCAGGCCCUGCUGGAUCUGCACAAGCUGACCUCUGAUCACGUAGACCCUCAUCUGUGUGACUUCCUGGAGACCCACUACCUGAAUGAGCAGGUGGAAGCAAUCAAGAAGCUUGGCGAUCACAUCACUAACCUGACCCGCAUGGAUGCCCACAACAACAAGAUGGCGGAGUACCUGUUUGACAAGCACUCCCUGGAUGGCAAGAGCUAAAGGCCUACAUGUUUAUGUUCGCUGCAGGCUUUAAAAAAAAAAAACACCUUUCUUGGAAGAUUUGGUGGCAACUACAUGUCAUGUGAAAGCUUGUUCUGUUCUGAUUAAACAUCUUAUGCUGGA